AACACACACACACACACACACACACUCUGACAGAGCAGCACACACACCAAUAGCAAUGAGGUAAUUAUUUAGGGAGGGACUUCCUUCAGGUCCGCUACAGCUCGGUGACACGUAACUAAAGCUAAAGGUGUUGUAUAAAGCUAAUAGAUCUGUUUAUACAGAAUAGAAUUCGUAUUUGUAGUAAAAAAAAACAAGCCCAGGACUACUUUUGUUUAUUUGCUGGAAGGAACAAAACAUCUUUUGGAACCUUUUCUUCACCUCCUUCUCAGGGGGAAAGUAAACAAAACUGUAUGGGAAACUUUUCCUCCAUCCUGGGAAUGGGUGAUGUUCUAACCCCGAGGAUCUGCUUCUGGCUGAGCUGCAAAGUUCUGGUUUAAAAGGCUGCUCUUGGAAUGUAAAGCCCAUAAGAGGGAAAGUUUUUGGUAGAAGGAAACUUUUUGUGUCUCUUGUAUACUGUAUGGUCAGUGUGGAGAACAUGGGCAGUGGGGUUUGCUCCAGAAAGCAAAGGAAAAUCUUCCAGUUUUUGCUUUUCACUACUGUAGUGUUUGUCUUUAUUUAUGGAGGAAUGGUUUGGUAUGAAAUGCACCAGCAGCUGAAAAGGACAGAAGCUCUGGCUCUGAAAUACCAGCAGCACCAGGAGUCUCUCUCGGCCCAGCUCCAAGUGGUGUAUGAGCAUCGGUCCAGGCUGGAGAAAUCCCUUCAGAAAGAGCGACAAGAGCACAAAAAGUCCAAGGAAGAUUAUCUAGUUUAUAAACUGGAGGCGCAGCAGUCACUGAAUAAGGAGAAGCAAGAUGCUAGCAGCAGGUUUAACUCUCUACACACACAGCACCAGAUGCUGAAGAAUCAGCAUGAGGAGCUGAAGAAACAGUUCUAUGUGCUGCAGGAGCAGCAUCAUGCUCAGGGUCAGGACCACAGUAAGGUUCUGGAUGAACACCAGCAGAGAUAUGAGCAAUUACAGCAAGCUAAAGAAAUUGAGGUCUCCAAACUCAAAGAAAGUGUUUAUAACCUGCGGGAGGAGAACAGGCAGCUGAGGAAGGCUCAUCAGGAGAUCCAUGUGCAACUUCAGGAUACAAGGCAACAGCACAAGGACUUAAAAGCAGCCCACGAUCAGCUUGCAUUGACCCUGGAGGACCACAAGAGUGCACUAGCAGCGGCUCAGGUCCAGGUGGAUGAGUAUAAGCAACUGAAGGAGACUCUGAAUAAAAUGCCGAGUUUGAAGCAGCCUGAAGAGCCUCAUCUUGCUGCGGCUCGAAGUAGACAAGCAGAAGAGCACCGGAAUACAGAGGGGCACAAACGAGAUGAGAGAAGGGUGGAAGGAACACAUGAAGAAAAGAGAAGCCAUCAAGGCAUUGAUCGGCUUCAAACAACAGAACAGCGUGAUCAGCUUCACCCUGAAGAAACAGAAGAGCAAGAACCAGAACAAAACCUGCCUGAUGAAAAUGCAUUAGAGAGGGAGAGUCACGUUGCACAGCCGGUGAGUGCUACUCAGGGAAAUCACAUCAAAUCUGCCUACGAGCAACAGCAGGAACAGCAGCGGCGUUUAGCUGCUCAGCUGGAGGAAGAACAGCGGCAGCUGCUUCAGAGACAGGAAGAACUGCAGAGAGAGAGGGAGGAAAGAGAACGAGUGGAGAGAGAGAGGGAGGAAAGAGAACGAGUGGAGAGAGAGAGGGAGGAGAAAGAACGGCUGGAAAGGGAAAGGAAGGAGAGAGAACGGCUGGAGAGGGAGGCGAGAGAACGGAUGGAACAUGCGAAGGAGGAGAGAAGGCAGAGAGAACAACAUGAACAACAGCUCCGGGAGGAGCAACUCAGGAAAAAAUCCCAUUAUGUAAAUUUGGAGCCUGGCAUUGGCCACCAUGCUGAAGAGAAUCAUGUCCACAAUGAAGAAGUGCAAGGGCCACAGGAAGAUGAGCAUGUGCAUGAUGAAGAGCAAAACAUUGAGGAAGACAUAGAUCCAGCAGAUGAUCCCAACAAUCAAGGAGAGGAUGAGUUUGAGGAAGCUGAGCAGCAGGUCCAUGAGGAAGAGGAGGAAGAAGAGCCAGUACCUCCUGGACAUGCUGAUACACAUUUAAUUAAACAGAAUCAGCAGCAAGGUCCUGCUGAUGAACACCUGGUGAUGGCAGGAAACCCAGACCAGCAGGAAGACAAUAUGGAGGAGCAGUAUCAGGAAGAGGGAGAUGAUGAGGCUCAGGAAGAUUUAGCUGUGGAGCAGAAACAGGAAGAGAGAGGAGGAGAGGAGGCAGAUCCUUACAAUGAAGAGAAUGGAGAACACGAUGAUGCUAGAGAGCAGGAGGAUGCGGGGCCUGAGGAUAAACAGCCUGCCAAAGAACCUAAUGAGGAGGAGAACUACGAAGAGGAAGAGGAGGAGCCAGAAGAAGAGGCCAAUCACAGGGCAGAGAUGUGAGCCUUUUCUUUGUGUCCUUUCGUAGGGGUAAACUGUAUGAAGCAGGGAUUCCACUGGGAAGAUCAUUUCCUUUUGUGGUAAGACACCCUCGAGCUGGACAUCCAAAUCUACUGAUCUGGUUAAAUAGAAUUCUGUUCACUGUGCCUUUAUUGUGCUAAUUUUGUAAAUGGAGCACUGUUUAAUAUGAAACCUGAUCAUUCUGCGUUUCAACAGAAAUGAUUUUAGAACAACGCUGUAGACGGAAUGUUUACGAUCAGAGUGCCAUUUUUAAAGCUUAAAAUAUUUAAUGCAACUCCUCUUCUGUCUUUUUAACGGCUUGUUAUAUAGUUGGAUGUUUUUGAAAAUGGACCGCGAUCUAUAAGAAAAUGGUUAGUGUCACUACAUGAAUGUUUUUUGUUGGCAGAUGGAUGUUGCAAAUGAUCACAUUUUUAUUUUAUCUUUAUAAAUAAAAUGUUGAUUUAUUUUUAUUUUUUUUUAUUUUUUUUGAGUGAGUACAUACAAAGAAAAAAAUUUAGCUACUACAAACUAACGUAGAGCAACUUGGAUCUGAGAGAUUUGAAAUUUGGCAUUUGUGUCACAUUUGAACAUUUAUUUUUGUUGGCUUUUCUUAUUAUAUCAUCAUGUAUGUUGGAUUUGAUUCAUUCUGAACCUUUACUACAGUGCAAUUAGCACAGUUCGGAACAAGCCUUCAAAAGUCUUUGAGAGAAAUGAAGUGGCUAAACUUCACGCUGUGUUAAUUUUGCAGUUUAAACACUCAGGCCCUGAUUUACUAACAUCCCAAAUAACGUACUGAUUUUAGUGUAUUCUGUUCAGAAGGUGCGUUUGAAUGCAGCUCUGUUUAAAUGCAGUUGCUGUCAGAGGUGUGAAUGAGUGGUGAAAAUGUGAUAUGAAACCAACUUUACUGCAGUAAUUUUUAGUCAGCGAUCAUUUUUAUCUUCUUGUUGUACUGAAGCAUAACGUUUCUCAUUAUUAACAUCAUUUAACGAGCCCUCUAGUAACUGGUGUGGGAAUGGCAGAAAUGGAUCUUUGCUCAAAUAUAAUGUUUGGUUGUAUUAAUCUGUGUAUGUUCUGUGAACCACUUACAGGGUUGCUAAAUACAGUCGUGGCCAAAAGUUUAAGACUGACACACAUUUUGGUUUUCACAAAGUUUGCUGCAUCAGUGUUUUUUAGAUCUUUUUGUCAGAUGUUUCUAUGG